AUGCAUCACAGGAUGAAUGAAAUGAACCUGAGCCCAGUGGGGAUGGAGCAGCUGACUUCAUCCUCUGUGAGCAAUGCCUUGCCGGUCACAGGGAGUCACCUGGGGUUGGCUGCCUCACCCACUCACAAUGCCCUCCCUGCCCCAGGUCUGCCAGUGGCAAUUCCAAACCUGGGUCCCUCCCUGAGCUCUCUGCCAUCUGCUUUAUCUCUGAUGCUGCCAAUGGGUAUUGGCGAUCGAGGGGUGAUGUGUGGGUUACCCGAAAGAAACUACACCCUACCUCCACCACCUUACCCCCACCUGGAGAGCAGUUACUUCAGGACCAUCUUACCUGGCAUUUUAUCUUAUUUAGCUGACAGACCACCUCCUCAGUAUAUCCACCCCAACUCCAUAAAUGUUGAUGGUAAUACAGCAUUAUCUAUCGCCAACAACCCUUCAGCACUAGAUCCCUACCAGGCCAAUGGAAAUGUUGGAUUAGAACAAGGCAUUGUUUCAAUCGACUCUCGCUCUGUGAACACACACGGUGCCCAAAGUCUUCAUCCCAGCGAUGGCCAUGAGGUGGCUUUGGACACAACCAUCACUAUGGAGAAUGUCUCUAGGGUAACUAGCCCCAUCUCUACAGAUGGAAUGGCAGAAGAGCUUACAAUGGAUGGUGUUGCAGGCGAGCAUUCUCAGAUCCCAAAUGGCUCCAGAAGUCAUGAACCUCUGUCUGUGGAUUCUGUGAGCAACAACCUUGCUGCAGACACUGUAGGGCACGGUGGUGUGAUACCCAUUCAUGGGAAUGGCCUGGAGCUCCCUGUGGUCAUGGAGACUGACCACAUUGCAAGUCGGGUCAACGGGAUGUCUGACAGUGCCCUCAGUGACUCUAUUCACACCGUGGCCAUGAGCACCAACUCUGUAAGCGUGGCACUCUCUACCUCACACAACCUCGCCUCCCUAGAAUCUGUUUCCCUCCAUGAAGUUGGCCUAAGCCUAGAACCUGUGGCUGUCUCCUCCAUCACCCAGGAGGUUGCUAUGGGGACAGGCCAUGUAGAUGUAUCUUCAGACAGUCUGUCUUUUGUACCACCUUCACUGCAAAUGGAAGAUUCCAAUUCAAACAAAGAAAAUAUGGCAACCUUGUUUACAAUUUGGUGCACACUCUGUGACCGCGCCUACCCCUCAGACUGCCCUGACCAUGGACCAGUGACUUUCAUCCCUGACACUCCCAUUGAGAGCAGAGCCAGGCUUUCUCUCCCGAAGCAGCUUGUUCUCCGCCAGUCAAUUGUGGGAGCAGAAGUUGGUGUAUGGACAGGAGAAACCAUUCCUGUGCGGACUUGCUUUGGGCCUCUCAUUGGCCAGCAAAGUCACUCUAUGGAAGUAGCAGAAUGGACAGACAAGGCAGUCAACCAUAUCUGGAAGAUAUACCACAACGGUGUCCUAGAAUUCUGCAUUGUUACAACUGACGAAAAUGAAUGUAAUUGGAUGAUGUUUGUGCGCAAAGCCAGGAACCGGGAAGAACAGAAUUUGGUGGCUUAUCCCCAUGAUGGAAAAAUUUAUUUCUACACUUCACAAGAUAUUCCUCCUGAAAACGAACUGCUUUUUUAUUACAGCCGGGAUUAUGCUCAGCAGAUUGGUGUUCCUGAACAUCCAGAUGUGCACCUCUGUAACUGUGGCAAGGAGUGCAAUUCCUAUACAGAAUUCAAAGCCCACCUGACCAGCCACAUCCAUAGCCAUCUUCCUGGCCAGGGCCACAGCAGCAGCCACAGGCCCGGCCACAGCAAAGAAAGGAAGUGGAAGUGCUCAAUGUGUCCCCAAGCUUUUAUCUCUCCUUCCAAACUUCAUGUCCACUUUAUGGGUCACAUAGGUAUGAAGCCCCACAAGUGUGAUUUCUGUAGCAAGGCUUUUAGUGAUCCCAGCAACCUGCGGACCCACCUCAAGAUCCAUACAGGCCAGAAGAACUACAGGUGUACUUUGUGUGACAAGUCUUUCACCCAGAAGGCUCACCUGGAGUCGCAUAUGGUGAUCCAUACGGGCGAGAAGAAUCUCAAGUGUGAUUACUGUGACAAGUUGUUUAUGCGGAGGCAGGACCUCAAGCAGCAUGUGCUCAUCCACACACAAGAACGCCAGAUCAAGUGUCCCAAGUGUGACAAGCCCUUCUUGAGAACAAAUCAUUUAAAGAAACAUCUCAAUUCACACGAAGGAAAGCGGGAUUAUGUCUGUGAAAAAUGUACAAAAGCUUAUUUAACCAAAUAUCAUCUCACCCGUCACCUGAAAACCUGCAAAGGGCCCACCUCCAGUUCUUCAGCACAAGAGGAGGAGGAAGAGGAUGACUCAGAGGAGGAAGAGCUGGCAGACGCUAUGGGGACAGAAGACUGUCGGAUGAACAGUGCUGUGUAUUCAGCAGAUGAGUCUCUCUCAGCACAUAAAUAA